CCUCGUCACAGAUCUCGAACCCUUACUUCCUUCCUCCCGCCGUAGGCUCUCAGGAACACCACCAUCCUUCCACCAUGGGUCGUGUCAUCAGAGCUCAACGUAAGGGAGCGGGUUCCGUCUUCAAGUCCCACACUCACCACCGCAAGGGUCCCGCCAAAUUCAGGAGCCUCGAUUUCGGCGAGAGAAACGGUUACCUCAAGGGCGUCGUCACAGAGAUCAUCCACGAUCCAGGACGCGGUGCUCCGUUAGCUCGCGUCGCGUUCCGUCAUCCUUUCCGUUACAAGAAGCAGAAGGAGCUCUUCGUCGCCGCCGAGGGUAUGUACACGGGGCAGUUUCUGUACUGCGGUAAGAAAGCAACUCUCGUCGUCGGAAAUGUGCUUCCUCUCAGAUCUAUUCCUGAAGGAGCUGUUGUCUGCAACGUCGAGCACCAUGUCGGUGAUCGUGGGGUGUUCGCUAGAGCUUCUGGUGAUUACGCUAUCGUUAUUGCUCACAAUCCCGACAACGACACAACAAGGGUUAAAUUGCCAUCUGGUUCGAAGAAGAUUGUUCCGAGUGGUUGCAGGGCCAUGAUUGGUCAAGUUGCUGGUGGUGGAAGGACUGAGAAGCCGAUGCUCAAGGCGGGUAAUGCCUACCACAAGUACCGUGUGAAGAGAAACUGCUGGCCUAAGGUUCGUGGUGUGGCUAUGAAUCCGGUUGAGCAUCCUCACGGAGGAGGUAACCAUCAGCAUAUUGGUCACGCUAGUACUGUUCGUCGUGAUGCGCCACCUGGGCAAAAGGUUGGUCUUAUUGCUGCAAGGAGGACUGGUCGUCUCAGGGGUCAAGCUGCUGCUCUUGCUUCCAAGCAAGAAUAAGGAGAGGAGGCUUGAGGAUGAAAGUGCUCAAUGUUUUUGAAACCUUAAAUUCUACUACACUGUUCUUUGAGACCUUUCUCAAUCUAUUUCUUCAGUAUAUUGGUUUCCAGUUUCAUUUUGCAUGCCUACUUCAUUAUCCGACUGUCUUAUCUAAGUUGGAAUGACAUGACUUGUUCACGGUUUUAACAUUAAGUCAGGAUUUUAAUGACUUCUUGACUUGUUCACGGUUUUAA